CGGCCGCGUGUGCGUUACGAUUCGCGAAUGAUUACGACGGGCGUGCACGCGGACCGCGGCAAAACGCGGCUUGUCGUCGGCGGUGUCGUCGCUUCGCCGCCCGGAGACGAUCCCGUGCCGUCGUCGUCGUCGUCGUCGUCGUCGUCGUCGUCGUCAUCGUCGUCGUACGCGCUCUGACGCGAGAGAGAAUUCGCGGCGCUCGCUCGCGACAGUGUGAACGAACACGCGCGUUGCAUUAUGCCGAGCCGUCGACGGUAGUCGGCACGUGUGUGCUUGCGAGCGAGAGACAAAGAAAGACUGCGAGAGAGAGAGAGAGAGAGGAGGGGAGAGAGAGAGAGAGAGAGAGAGAGAGAGAGAAAGCGAACGACACACGCGCGCGUGUGUGUAAGCUCUCGUUAUCACGAGAGAGAUACGCGAAUGACUUUUGCUCGGCUUGUUGGAACACGUCCGAUCCGCUCGCCGGGGCACGCCGCUGCAAUCUGACAGGAGGUCGUCAUGCGACCAUGGACACCGAGAGCGGCAGUAACAGCGUCAACGUCGGCGACGAGCAAAACCGCGACAGUAACAAACCCGUCCCGCCGAAGCGCGACGGUGCCGCCCACAACAAGCCGCACGACCGACAAGCCGCCCGCGCGCGUAAAAUGAGCGCGAUGCCGGAAGAGGAGGACGUCGCGUCCGACGACACGGACCCGGACGUCAUCAGGAUCGGCCACCAUCAGCGCGAGAAGCGCGGUGAGGCGGAGGCCGAGUGGUCCACGGAGGAGAGGGGUCGCCUGUUGAGCCCGGCCGCUCGAAGAAUCCUCGUCGCCCCGGCGACGAGCAGCAACAACUUCCGCAGGACGAUCGACCGCGACGACAGUCCCGACAGGUGUCCAGCUCGCUGGCAGCAGUCCCGGCUGGCCGAGCAGAGCGAGUCCAGGUCGAGCCCGAGUCGCGACAACGGUACUCAGAGUCCUGGCAGACUCGUGGCGGGCGCGAGACAUCAUCACCGUUGCCCGUGUCUACGCUCGCUGCGGCCCGCUGCGGUCGUUAUGGACGAAUGUCAGCAGCACUGUUCCUGCUACCAUCAGCCGCCCAGCUGGGCUUCCAUCCUGUACGCCGACGUGAACGGCGGUCAAGCCCGCUCAUGCCCCGACGCGGUCUCGAUCAGGUCCCUGGCGUCGAUCGGCCUGGGCUCUUCCGACGGCCGGAAGCUCACGAUACGUAGAGUUCCCACUUCGCCGUCGGAGCUGCUUAACAUGGUACAUCCGCCGCCGUUCGAGGACGAUCUCUCCACGUGCACCAGCUACGAUGACGGGGACGCGGACGACCCGAGCGACUACCGGCAGCCCAGGAGGCCACAUUGGGCGAACAAGGUGCAAUUCGUGCUGGCCUGCAUCGGCUACUCCGUCGGCCUCGGCAACGUCUGGAGAUUUCCCUACCUGUGCUACAAGAGCGGCGGCGGUGUGUUCCUCGUGCCUUACUUUUUAAUACUCAUAGUAUGUGGAGUACCAUUGCUGUACAUGGAGCUCAGCAUCGGACAGUUCACUCGCCGCGGUCCGAUCGGCGCGCUGGGUCAAGUGUGUCCGUUAUUGAAAGGGGCUGGCUUAUCGUCGGUCGUGAUAUCGUUUCUAUUGUCGACCUACCACAAUGUGAUAAUAGCCUACGCAAUUUAUUACUUCUUUGCGGCAUUCCGUGCGGAGCAGCCGUGGUCGCGUUGCGACAACUCGUGGAAUUCACCGCGCUGCUGGCUGCCCAGUUACGGAUCGAUCGAUAAUCGGACUCGGCCGAAUUCGACGAGGACGCCGUCCGAGGAAUUCUUCGACAACAAGGUCCUCCAAAUUAGCAACGGAAUCGAGGAGCCAGGAGUUCUACGAUGGGAGCUCGUGGCGUGCUUGAUCACCGCGUGGAUCAUGGUGUACUUCUCCAUUUGGAAAUCGAUCAAGUCAUCGGCGCAAGUGAGAUAUCUCACGGCGACUCUUCCUUUCCUCCUAAUCGUGGUCUUUCUUACGCGUUCCCUCACGCUGGAAGGUGCCGAGAAAGGCCUGCAGUUCUUCUUCCAUCCACGCUGGGAAUUGCUGGGCGACGCUAAGGUGUGGAUCAACGCCGCGGCGCAGGUCUUCAAUUCUGUGGGCAUCGCCUUCGGAUCGAUGAUCUGCUUCGCCAGCUACAACAGAUUCCACAACACGAUCCUGGUGGACACCGUCGCCGUAUCGCUCAUAAACGCCUUUAGCAGCCUCUUGGUCGGCAUCUUCUCGUUCGCAACGAUCGGCAACAUAGCGCUGGAGCAGAACACAUCCGUCGAGGACGUUCUGACUGACGGACCUGGACUAGUCUUCGUAAUUUAUCCGCAAGCGUUAGUCAAAAUGCCGGCUUCUCAGCUCUGGGCUGUGCUCUUCUUCUUCAUGCUGGUUUGCCUUUCGCUGAACAGCCAAUUCGCCGUGGUGGAGGUGGUCGUCACGUCGAUCCAGGACGGCUUUCCGAACUGGGUGAAGAGGCAUCUUCUCUGUCACGAGAUACUGGUCCUGCUGAUAUGCGUCGUCUCGUUUCUCUUCGGGCUGCCGAAUAUCACGCAGGGUGGUAUUUACUUUUUCCAACUGAUAGAUCACUAUGCCGCGUCCAUGUCCAUCAUGUUCUUGGCAUUCUUCGAGAUAAUCGCCAUCUCUUGGCUCUACGGCGUGCGUCGGCUCUGCAACAACGUCAAGGAGAUGACCGGCCGCCUGCCGUCGGUGUACUUCCGCUUCUGCUGGUUCCUCGCAGCGCCCCUCCUCAUAAUGGCCGUAUGGGUGUUCAGCUUAAUUGAUUAUGAGCCGCCAACCUACCACAAUGGCGACUACAUAUAUCCAUGGUGGGCAGAGGCGAUCGGAUGGGGCAUCGCGUCUCUCUCCUUGAUUUGCAUUCCCGCUUUUGCCGUUUGCGUACUCGCCAGAGCGGAUGGCAUCACGUUUGCCGAGAGACUAAAAAAUUCCAUCAAACCGCAUUUUGAGGCAUGCAAGGUGUGCGGGCAGGAAUAUUGCAUAGAGCCCAUGCAUAACCUGGAGGAGGACGUACAAAAGGAAUCCCAAGUCGACAUGAACACUUCCAUACCGUUAAAUUCGCAUUACCUGCUGAAGCCUCAAAUGUGAUAAUGCAGCGCGUCAGGGCGAGCGUUCCAUUUUCUACAGUUUAUACUUAACCGUACCUACACGAGACAAGAUUUAACGAGAAAGAAAAAGGGAAAGAAUUAAAGAAGAAAGAAGAACACGCGUACCUUACAUCGUCAGUCAUCACAGCAGCUCUGUCGCGAGACUAUCAACAUUCCAUUAUUUAUAAAGCUCCUUAUAAAUACGAUAAUUAGUCGCGAGAGUCAUUAAUGUAAGAAAGUACACGUUACGCACUAAUAUUAUUACUUCCUGUAAAGUAAUCAUAUUAAUAAUCUUUCGCCAUCAUCGUGUGAUAGACCAUAGACCAAGCACUGAUACAAGGUAGGAUUACAUUGUAUUGACAGUAAGUUUAAUAAAUUAUUACGUAUCUCGUCCAA